CCCGAGUGUGGUCUCGCACUUACCAGUUGGUUUGGGCUGUAGGCGGCCGCGGCUGCGGAGGCCGCGGCGUGCACAUCUUCCGCACCGGGUAGACAGUGGCAGUGGCUCCGACUUGUAUUCCGCACCCCGGAGCGGACGAGAAGUGGUCCUCGGUGACAGCAGCGGCUGCCGGGUCUAGGGCAGAGGCUGCGAGUGGGGCGGGCGGGGGCGGCCAAGCGGUGUUGGGGACCAUCGCCCGAGACACCAAGCCGACCCUGUCGGAUAGCGUCCGGUGAAAAGGAGACGUCUGGCGCGGGUUCAGGAAGCCGGAAGGUCCGGAGUCUGUCCAGCUGCACGCCGUCCCGGUCAAGAUGGACGAGUCCAGGGUCUGGCUCCCCAUAUCUCUGCUCUUGGCCGCGGGCCCAUUGGCGCUGCUGCCGCCCGCGGUGUCCGGCUUCUCGCCUUCGCUGGACAGCGACUUCACCAUCACCCUUCCGGCUGGCCACAAGGAGUGCUUCUAUCAGCCCAUGCCCCUCAAGGCCACGCUGGAGAUCGAGUACCAGGUUUUAGAUGGAGCAGGAUUAGACAUUGAUUUCCACCUUACAUCUCCAGAAGGUAAAACCAUUGUUUUUGAACAGAGAAAAUCAGAUGGAGUCCAUAGUGUGGAGACAGAAGCUGGGGACUACAUGUUCUGCUUUGACAAUACAUUCAGCACCAUUUCCGAGAAGGUGAUUUUCUUUGAAUUGAUCCUAGAUAAUAUGGGUGAACAGGAACAAGAACAAGAAGACUGGAAGAAAUAUGUGACAGGCACAGAUUUGUUGGAUAUGAAACUGGAAGACAUUCUGGAAUCCAUCAACAGCAUCAAGUCCAGGUUAAGCAAGAGUGGCCACAUCCAGACCAUGCUAAGGGCCUUUGAAGCUCGGGAUCGAAAUAUACAAGAAAGCAACUUUGACAGAGUCAAUUUUUGGUCAAUGGUUAAUUUGGGAGUCAUGGUGGUAGUUUCAGCCAUUCAAGUAUAUAUGCUGAAAAGUCUUUUUGAAGAUAAAAGGAAAAAUAGAACUUAAUCCUGAUCAACUUAAUGAUAAAAGAAGGAAAUCAUGCAAUAAAUUAUACAGUAAGGGUCAUUAAUUUUCUUUUCCAACUUCCUUUUCAGCAAGCACUAUUAUUUUAAGUGAAACGUAGUAUCAAUAUGAAAGAAAUGUCUUCCCCUUCAUUUGGCAAGUGCUGUUCUUGAUACUAUAAACUUUAUGUUUAUCAUUAGGUCUAUACCAGCAAUUUUUUGCAUUUGACAAUUAAGAUGAGACAAGCCAGUGUAUAAAGCAGUGUUCUUAAAAAUCAGUCCUUAUUAGAUUGGAAGAAUCCGUCCAUCAUCUUAUGUGUUCUAACCAUUCAGUGAAUUUAUUACUCAAGUAUAUUCCAACAAAGUUACCUUGUAUUCAAACUCUUAUUUAGAAAUUUCUUCCUAAAUUUUGUAAUUACAGAAUAUCAUUAAAAACUUUGAAAGGACCUUAGGGAUUACUGCCCCCCAAGUAGUUAUCCAGAUUCCACUUGGGAUGACUACACAAGUGUGCUCUAAUAGUGUUACCCUGCCCUUCAAAUUCUUACUUAAAAGCUAUCUCUCAGGGCAGGCUAUUUCAUUUUCAGGCAGUUCAAAUUAUUAGGAAAUGUCAUCUUCAAAAGUUAUACAGGAUCAGUUGAAUCCCUCUUCUUCAAGACAGUCUUUUCAGUAUCUGAAUUUGGUCAUCAUGUCUUGAUGAAAUCUUUUCUUUUUCAGGGUAAACAUCAUCCCCGGUUCUUUCUAUCACCAGUCCUCAUAGGAAAUAGUUGAUCAUCUCCUUACUCUUCUUACUCCCCUCCUCUGGGUACGUUUCAGCUUGCCAGUGACUCUGAUAAGGCUAUACUAGAAAGAGGUUAUAUUUCCAAUGUAGCAGAACAAGUUAAACACGGUGAGAUUAUUACUUUACUUGUCCUGAGAUACUUCUAUUAAUGCAGGCUAAAUCACAUUGGGUUUUUGGCAGCUGCAUCACAGUGCUGACUUAAGUAAGCUUGCAAUUGGCUAAAACCCCUGAGGCUUUUUGACAUGAAGUGCUUUCUAAGCUACAUCUCCCCUUUCCUAAAUUUGAAUGGUGAAUUCUUUCGAGCCCAUGUAAAGGAGUUUAUUUUUAUCUAUAUUAAAUUUCAUCAUGCUGGAUUUGGCCCAUCAUUUCAGCCCAUCAGGAUCUUUAGGGAUCUUGAUUCUGUCAUCCACUAUAUCACAAUCCUUCUUAACUCUGUUGUCUGCAGGUUUCAUAAACAUGCCGUGUUGGUCUUUUUCUCAAGUCAUUGAUAAAGGUGUUUAACAGAGCAGGGCCAAGGACUUUGCACGAGACAGAAUGACAAAAUUUGAGAGUUGGGAGGGGCCUCAGCAGCCACUUAGUCCCACUCUUACCCAAAAGGAAGCCCUACAUUAACAUCACUGACCAGUGUCAUCUGCCUCACUCGGGCCUGCAGCCCCUCGAGAAGAAACCAACCGCCUCCCAAGACUCUUUCUAGUUAAGAUGUUUUUCUUGCUGUCAGGCCAAAAGGUGCCUCUUUGCAAUGUCCACCUCCUGUCCCUGGCUUUGCCCUCCAAGGCCAAGCGACCCAGCUCAAAUCCUCUUUUCCAGGAUAGCUCUUCAGAUACUUGAACUUGGCUAUCCUGAGCCGCCCCCCUCUUCCCCCUACCCCAAGCCUGUGUUCUCUACAUUUAAACAUUCUCAGUCUCUUCUGCUCUCCAUCUUAGAAUGAAAUGGACUCAAGGCCUUCCCCAUCCUGGUUGCCUUUCUCCGGAUGAUCCCGUGGCAUCGGGAACUGAACAAGAUGUUCUAGAUGAGAUCCAACAAAGGCAGAGUAUGGAGACACACU